AGCGCAGAGCUCGGAUGCAACAUGGCUCUCUCCAGAGGUUUGAGAUGCUGUCAGAGGGUUUUCUCCUGGAUCCCUGUUCUCAUCAUCACCGCCGUCGUCCUGUGGUCCUACUAUGCUUACGUCUUUGAGCUGUGUCUUUUUACACUCACUAAUACGUUGGAGAAAGUGGCCUACCUGCUCGUGUUUCAUGUCUGCUUUGUGAUGUUCUCCUGGACCUACUGGAAGGCUAUAUUUACCUCUCCUGCAACACCGUGCAAAAAGUUUCAGCUGUCGUACUCAGACAAGCAGCGAUAUGAGAUGGAAGAGAGACCAGAUGCCCAGAAACAAGUUCUGGCUGAGAUUGCAAAGAAACUGCCCAUUUUCACCCGAGCUCAAUCUGGAGCUAUCAGGUUCUGCGACCGAUGCCAGGUACUGAAGCCCGACCGCUGUCACCACUGCUCCAUUUGUGAAACGUGUGUCUUGAAGAUGGACCAUCACUGUCCUUGGGUCAACAACUGUGUUGGGUUUUCAAACUACAAGUUUUUUCUUCUUUUCCUCGCUUACUCUAUUUUGUACUGUAUUUUCAUCGCAGCAACAGUCUUUCAGUAUUUCCUCAAAUUCUGGGUGGGAGAUUUGCCGAAUGGACCUGCAAAGUUCCAUGUCCUCUUCCUCAUGUUUGUGGCCCUCAUGUUCUUUUUCAGUCUCAUGUUCCUCUUUGCCUACCACUGUUGGUUAGUAACCAAGAACAGAUCCACUUUAGAGGCCUUCUCAGCUCCAAUUUUUCCCGGUGGGCCCGACAAAAACGGGUUCAAUGUGGGCAGACGUAAAAACCUACAACAGGUAUUCGGAGAAAAUGGGAGAAUCUGGUUUCUCCCUGUUUUCACGAGCCAAGGGAACGGCCACUACUUUCCUUUGAAGAGUCAGAGUUCUGAGUCCUGCAACCCUUUAUUAGCUAAUGAGGACAUGUGGGAUGAGUCAGAUGAGGGGUCUGAGGAAGGAAGUUUGGUCGAGGACGUAGACCCUUCUUUGACCAUACAGAUGGAGGAAUAAUUUACACUGGUACGGCGGAUGUAGACUUGUAUCUCACACACUCACGCUGUGUGAGGUGAAUGCAUUCCUGUUUAUGUAGAAGUUGGAACUCGCUGUCGCUGAAGGGGGCCAAAUGAGUGGAUUACAACCUGGAUAUGGAUCAUCAUCGCCAAUCUUCCCCUUUUGAUUUACUCAAUGAACAACGUAGCUCUCUGGUUAACCAGAAGAAGCAUUACCUCUCCUGUCUCAAGUGGACUAACAAGGGGCCUCAGUUUUAAUCAGAAGAAAUUGUCAUGUAUUACCUCACCUACAGGAAAAAAAAAAAGAUUUGUUGAGGGAAACCUCUGUUUUUGUGCUGUUUAACAUGCCUCUGCAUCAGAGUUCGGUUGAGUUUAAAGUGUUGCGCCCUAGGGCUUGCAGAGUGGUUUCUUAACCGGCCUGGCAUCUUCAAGGUUAUUGUACAAUACCUGACUUGACCUGCGCCUUACUUCCAUAUCUAUUCCUCUUUGUUGGGUGUAGGUUUCUCCGUGGAGCCAUCAUUCUUCAUGCAGGAUGAUAAGCAGCAUUCCCUCAUGCCUAUCAUUCUGCCUGUGAAAGAACAUUUUUAAGACUCUCUUGGCACAGAUUUAUGGAAGAACCUCAUGAUUUUCACUAGUAUUUCCAUGUUGUGGUUAGAAUGUCCUUUACAUAUCUGAUCGACAAGUGAUACCAGAGAAAUUAACCUUGCAUACAUAUAUCUAUUUACAGUAUGAUGGCAAAUAAUUACAUUUUUUAAAGCAAAUUAGCAUUAUUAAAAUACUGUAUAUAAUGAUAUAAAAGCUGUUGGCUUCUUUAAUGAUAAAAAAAAAUACGGUGCAUAGUUUUACUUAUAAGUCUGAGGUAAGUUUAUGAAAUAUACCGUGACUAUUAGAAAUACUGGUAUCACCAUCGCGUUUUCCACCAGGCCAGCUCUCCCUUGUGAUUCAAACACAAGUGUGGAUAACUGAUGAGUAGAAAAACAGCUUUUGUCAUAUGGACAAAGUCAUGUGUGGAAGAAGACAUGCACUUUUUGUGCUUUUACUUACUGAUCUAUCGAAACAGUCAUACCUGUACAUAUUUCUAGCUGAUCCUCAUCCACUGGCUGGUCGAGGACAGUGGUCUCCCACAAUAUUGAUUUUUUUUUUUUUUUCUUUAAAUAUACCCAUCUAUGUCUUUAAUUUUUAAUGUUAUUGAAACAUAUUGAAAUAGUAUUUAUUUAUUCAGCUAUGAGUAAAAAGCCUUGAUGCUCUUUGAUCUGGACACUUUAAAAUGUUUCAUGUGUUAUUUCUGUUGUGUAAGCCAAACUGAAUGCUGCUUAUGUCCAAUAAUUACUUUUACAGAUUGUUUGCUCUGAGGCAGGUGUUUAAAAGUGUAUACAAUCUUUAGGGUGUGUUAAUACCAUUUCAUAUGGUCUUGUGUCUAUUGUUUAGCUGUUUCCAUGUAUUCUGUUGAAUGAGUUAUACCUGCUGCAGGCAGUCUCUAUAUUUUGUUUCCUUCUGUGACACUUUAAACUAUUGAAGCAGUGUGCUCUCAUCAAAAGUAGGAUAUUUUAAGCAUAUUACAGAGUAUGUCCAAUUGGCAGAGUAGUUCAAAACUGUUAAAGCAUGUGUUCCCUUUUGAACUGUAUUAUUGUGACACCCCCCCCAACCUCUAAUCAACCAGAAAUGAGACUUUUAUUUAUUUGUUCCGUCUUUAAACAAAUAUAAAUUCUUAAUUUAUCCAUCAUUUGUUUCAACAUGCAAAAUAAAAUAAUC